GGUACAGUCAGUCAGAGCGCAGAGGUGAAAGCUCAGUGUGACAGUGUGUGUGAUCUCUCCUCUCCUCUCCUCUGUGAGAGAACAUGGGACAAAUUUGGGUAUCCGAGAGCAUUUACAGCACAAGCAAUAAUAUCCAGCGGCUCGGAUUCUCGUUUAAUAAUCCCUCACCUUCCGCCGCCUGAUAACGCUCAUAGAUCCCGAGACGCGACGCGUGAACCUUCAUCAAUCUUUGUUAUUCAGAGGAAAACAGAAAAGGAGCCGUGACGCGCUAGCAUCGACUGCUCAAGCUAACUCCAGCGCGACUGUGGAUAUCCUUCUUGAUUUCGUCAGCCUAACGUUUCUUUCUCUCAUUUCACCAGGGAUAUAUUGAAACCGUGAGGAGUUUAUGCUGGACUAGAGAAUUAUGGUAUAAAAUCAAUGUUUUGCGCCUGUUGUUGACUCGCUAGGCUCAUAGCUAGUAUCGCUAGCCGAUGCUGUGUUACUACAUCUAAACAACGGCUCAUCUUAAUUGGGUUUUAAUUAGUUUUACGAUAACAAAUAUACAUCCUUAUUAGUAAUUUUGUCAUAACCGUGCAGGUGGUUUCUAGAUAAAAUUGUAAUGAGAUUAUUUCUUUGUGUUGACAGCUUGGCAGGCGCAUGCUAACAAUGCACUAGCUCGAUAGCUCAAUUGCUUUUCUAUCAUAUCAAUAACUUGCCACGAUGAGGUAAAUGUUUUUUUUACGUGUGUUCUUUUCAUUUUGUAUCAUUAACGAUGAUUUGAGCUCGUGUGAAGAAAUGUAAACAACCUAGCGGUUCAGUUUGCCAGCCAUUGAAGCAUCUGUACACUGAUAUUAUUUUAAGACUGGAAGAGUGAAUACGACUGGAUAUUUUAAAGACUAAACACUUCUGGGUCUGGACUGGAAGGGAGGGAAAUGGUUUGAUUUGGUCUGUCUGCAGAUCUGGCCUUGCACCCUUUCAAAGAUAGACCUGACACAAGAGACUCAUAGACCCCCAGAGCUCUGGAGGAAUCAGAGAGGGACACACACGGUUGUCUCCUAUUCUUUGCUCUGGCUCUGAUGUGAGCAAACAUGGGCGCCCAGGGCAGCCCUGUGAAGAGCUACGACUACCUGCUCAAGUUCCUCCUGGUGGGAGAUAGCGAUGUGGGUAAAGGAGAGAUCCUGGACAGCCUUCAAGACGGAUCUGCUGAGUCUCCAUAUGCCUACAGCAGCGGAAUCGACUACAAGACCACCACGAUCCUGCUGGAUGGGCGGAGAGUGAAACUAGAGCUUUGGGACACUUCGGGACAAGGCAGGUUCUGCACCAUUUUCCGGUCGUACUCCAGGGGAGCGCAGGGGAUCCUGUUGGUGUAUGACAUCACCAACCGCUGGUCGUUUGACGGGAUAGACCGCUGGAUCAGGGAGAUUGAUGAGCACGCACCUGGUGUACCCCGUAUUCUUGUGGGUAACCGGCUGCACCUGGCGUUCAAGCGACAGGUCCCCACAGAACAGGCACGGGCGUACGCAGAAAAGAACGGCAUGACGUUUUUCGAAGUGAGCCCUCUCUGCAACUUCAACGUCAUCGAGUCGUUUACAGAGCUGUCGCGCAUCGUGCUGAUGAGGCAUGGCAUGGAGAAGUUCUGGAGGCCCAACAGAGUAUUCAGUCUGCAGGACUUGUGCUGCCGUGCCAUUGUGUCCUGCACCCCUGUGCACCUAAUCGAUAAGCUGCCGCUUCCUGUGGCCAUCAAGAGCCAUCUGAAGUCAUUCUCCAUGGCGAAUGGCAUGAACGCCGUCAUGAUGCACGGACGGUCCUACUCACUAGCCAACACCGCCGGAGGCAGCAAAGGCAACAGCCUCAAACGCUCAAAAUCCAUCCGGCCGCCUCAGAGUCCGCCACAGAACUGCACCAGGAACAACUGUAAGAUCUCCUAGCCUCUGGGCACAGGGGCGGGGCCGCCCCCCUCCCUUCCCUUACAUAACACUCAGGUGCACACGGACAAACACACAAGGAAACCGACACAAGGCUGGGCCGAUGACGCAACAGAGGUGUGGCGCCUCCCGGUGUGUGGAGAGCAGGAUGUGAACACUUCCUGCCACCACAGACGGCUACAUUUCUCCCCUCACAUUGCUGCAGUACAGUUGAUUCCUCACUCACAGGUCGUGAAUGAGAACAAACCCAUCGUCAGACUCUGAUUUUGUUGUAGUGACCACCGACAGCAUGUUUCCUACCACGCUAGCGCCCUCUGCUGGAGAGUUCAUGCCGCUCUAACCCGGCGUUGGCUGAGAGGCCUCGUUUUGAAGUUGUUUUGUGGGCUUAUAAUACGCUUUGGUUGUGUUCUCUUUUGCUCAUACUCAUUAUGCUCAGUGCUCUGCAUAUGGUGUUCCUCUUUUUUGCUCUUUGUAGGGAGGGACCUGUUCUCCCUGCAAAAACUGAAGUACCUCGGUCACAUGGUCUUGCAUGCUUACCAACAAUGAGAAGAGGGCUGAUGCGAAAUGACAUGUAGUGCUUACGUAUGAACUGAUGUAUUAAAAAUGUGAUUUGCACUGCAAAUUGGUGGUCUCUGAAUUUGCUGGUCGUUUGCACAAAGACUGUGUUGUUGAAUGUGGACUGUGGGACCACUAGGCUGAGAGCGACGGCACAAGCAUUUCCAGGCACCUUCUGUUCACAAUCUUUCCUCGCUGAAGAUCCAGAAAAUGCUGUUGUUGGGUCAGAACUGUCUUCUCCUUAAACACGGAUUACAGGAAAUUUCUCCUCGGGGGACAGUAUUGGGAAAGGUUUUUUUUUGUCUUUGUUUACUCGCGGCUUCUCCUCGCUUUCUCUGUUUUGCUUUUUCCUGCAUGUCUUGUGGGAUCAUUUGUCAUAUUUACAAUAGUUUUAAGCUUAUACUGUACUUGCCUCUCUUCUCAUGUCCAGAAUUCAAUACCACAACUGCCUUGCAGCCCGAUUUUCUCACUCAAACCAACACAUUUCAGUACUUUCCCUUUAUACUUUCCGUGCAGUUACAAGUUUCCACCCUUUUCUGGCUAAAAUGCACGAUGAUUUCAAAGUUUUCAGUGUUGCAGCAUGAGUUCAAAAGUCAGGUUUUUGCUCGAAGCCCUUUUAAUCUGCAUAUACAGCAUGGCUUCUCUAUAGAUGUAUGUCAGAAUGAAGGAUAAUGAUAAACCCAUUCAAGCUUGCUUCUAAAUAUCAAGCACAAACAAAACAAGUGGAAUCUACAGCACUUCCUUUUGCUUCUCCCAACGCAUUUCUUCCAGGUCUGAUGAGCUGUAGUUAUUGAAUAAUGGAUGCUCUUCAUUUCAUCAAACCUCCCAGCAGUCUUUUCCCCCUCUCUCCUCCACCCCUUCAUCUCAGGGAUGAGCCCUGGCCUCCAGCGGCAGACCUGCCCAAUGAAGCCGGUUUAAACCAGACUGAGCGACGGGAUGCCUGCAGGGGGCGUUUAAACUUGCCCAGAAGGCUGUGAGCUCUCGGUGUUUGACCUAUAAGCCUUUUGCAGUCGCUAUAGCUGAUAGAAUGAUCUUGGCACAUGUUGGCAGUUGUGCGUAUUGGUGUCCAUCUGUUGGGUGACGUAAAUACUAAAGGGUCCACAGAAGGUGUUAUUGCCCCCCCACCCCCCUCUUAAUCUUUGAAUCCCAAAAGGUAGUGGUAAUAGAAAUACUACAAAGAAGUGUUGUUUUAUUCCUUUUUGGGCACCUGUAGGUAUUAGUUUAACCCUCUCGCCUGAGAGCGAUGGUUGUUCUUCUUUGUUAUAUGCACAUCAUAUUGUGCAAAGAAAUUCUGUGACUUAGCAGGUUCCAUUUCAACUUUUGUGUAUUGUAAAGUGUUUUUCCUCUUUGUAACUGAAGCCUCUGAUUAUAUUUUAAACACGCUCAUGGUUUUUAAGUCGGGCAGUGUGAUGGGACCCUCCUGGUGUUGCCAAAGGGGUGGUUUCUUUAGUUCUGUGUGAACGGGAUAAAGGGAAAUGUGAUUUGGUGGAGCAGUAGGAACACAAUUGUAAACACUAUUUUCCUUUGGUUGAAGCUAAAAGCUGCCGAAUAACUUGCGUAAUUAUCAGAAGUUCUUGCAACAACAACGAAAAACUUUUUUUUUGUUAAAUUAUUGAUUGUACAGUUCUUAGUGUAUGAAAAGCAACAACUUUUUCACAAUAA